UUAUUAGUUGGAUCACCAAGAUCCAAUAGUGCAGCUCGACAACCUGGAGUCAGAAGUAGUGGAGCAGUGUUCCGAUGUUCUGUCGAGAAACCACUUUGCUCGGAAAUUUUCUUUGACCGCGAUGGCAAUGAAAGACGUUUGAAUGGGUCAAAUCUAUUGCCGAUUGAAGAAAAAUCAGAUCAAAUGUUUGGAGCAACAGUGGUGACAUCUAAAAAAGGAGAUAAAGUUUUAGCAUGCGCACCUCAUUAUAAAUAUUUUUUCUCGAAGUUUGAAGUAGUUGAACCGGUUGGUACAUGUUUCUAUGCAUCGGAUGGAUUUGAUCGAAUUGAAGAAUUCGCAUCAUGCCGUCAGGAACCUGCGCGACAUGGCCAUCAUCGUUUCGGUUAUGCUAUGUGUGGAUUUAGCGCAGCUAUUCCUAAUGAUGGCCUUGAAAAAAUUUACAUAGGCGCACCUGGUGCUUAUUAUUGGCAAGGUACUAUCUUCGCACAGAGCCUCAAAAAUCAGACAGAUCGCCCAAAUACUAAAGACGGUCCUCCGCACCAUGAUAAUCAUAAUUUAGGAUAUUCCUCAGCAGUUGGUGAUUUUGAUGGUGAUGGUAUGGAUGAUAUUGUUGCUGGUGUUCCGCGAGGAAAUUCGUUAAUUGGAGCUGUUUAUAUAUUUAAUCACCAAUUGAUUUCACUAAGAAAUUUAACCGAUCGCAAUGGUCAAAGAGGACAAUUUUUUGGGGCUGCUGUCGCCGUAUCUGAUUUAAAUAACGAUGGUUAUGAUGAUAUAAUAGUUGGUGCUCCAUUUUAUACGGAUUAUAAAACGGUGAAAGAUGUUAAAACGCAAGAGCACAAACCUCGUUAUGAUGUUGGCAAAGUUAUGAUAUUCUUUCAAGACUCAUCGCAUGGCUUUCCAAGAUGGGAAACGCUUAUAGGUUACACCGAAUGGUCACGAUUUGGAUUCUCGUUAGCAGCAACUGGUGAUUUGAAUCAAGAUGGUUACAAUGAUUUUAUCGUCGGAGCUCCUUAUGAUAGUGAAGAUGGCAGAGGAGCAGUAUAUAUUUACCACGGUGCAAAAGACGGUGUUCGAUUGGAACCAACUCAAAAAAUUGAAGCUAGAAAAGUCCACGCUGACUUGCAAGCAUUUGGUUUUUCAUUGGCAGGUGGUAAAGAUAUCGAUAAAAAUCAAUAUCCAGAUAUCGCUGUUGGUGCUUAUCAAAGUGCACAUGCUGUUGUCUUUAAAACAAAACCAGUGAUAACCGUUUUCGGAUCGCUUACAACAACUAAAAAAUCAAUUAAUCUUGAAGAUAAAAGUUGUCCGACUGAAUUUGGAUAUAUGGCAUGUGAAAAAAUGAAGCUAUGCCUACAGUAUGAAGGAAAAGGCCAAUCGCCCAAUGAUAUUGACCUAAAACUUCUAAUUCAACUUGAUUUCAAGAAGACGAUAGCGCCAAGGGCUUUUUUCAGAAAGAAAGAAAUCGGUUCGAAACGUAAUAUCAAAGUGCAUAAAAAAUCUACGUCUCGCGAUCAACCUGAUGUUAUCGAACAAAUUAUUCAUAUCAGAAAAGACCAACAAUUUUGUGAUCUUUACGAUAUUUAUGUCCCGGAUUCAAUACGCGAUAAGUUGAGUCCAAUAUUUUUGUCGGCUAAUUAUACGUAUGAAGAGAGGCCAAAUGGGAUUAGCGCCUCGGGUCAGUUAGAACCAGCGCUUGAUAGCACAGUGCCACUUGCUUUUAUAACUGAAGUGGGUUUAUUUAUUAAGUUGCAACUUAUUCUUAUUUUUAUUAUUUUUAUUCAAGGACGCAAGCGUAACGUUGUAGACGAAGAAAUCAUGGCACGAACGGUAGGCAAUAAGUAA